AACUUUUCAUUCCCUAUUUUCAGCUUUGUCCAUCCAAAUUCCAAAACUUUAAACCCCUCAAACAUUAUUAAAACCCAAAUCACUCAACCCCCAAUUCCUCCUAUUUCUUGAAGUUCCUAUAUUUUUGAAGAGAUCUACUUGAAAACCUAAAUCACUCAACCCCAAUUACUUCUAUUUUUUGAAGCUCUAGUAUUUUUGAAAAGAUCUACCUCCAUUUGUUUGGAACUGAAUCGUAAUUAUUGUUGUCCUGUUUUCUAGAAGAAAAAAUAGACAUGAACAAGAAGAAUUGUGAGUUGUGUGGUAAAAACAAGGCAAGAAUGUAUUGUGAAUCAGAUCAAGCAAGUCUUUGUUGGGAUUGUGAUACAAAUGUUCACUGUGCUAAUUUUCUUGUAGCUAAACAUUCAAGAAAUCUACUUUGUAAUUCAUGUCAAUCACUUACUCCUUGGUCUGCUUCUGGUCCAAAACUUUCACCUACACUUUCCCUCUGCAAUUCUUGUCUUGAAAAUACCUCGGCGGCCGCCGUUCAUUUGCAGAACCAAAAUGAAGAAAGAGUUGAAGAAAAUUAUGAAACAGAAACUGAUGAAGAAGAAGAAUAUGAAAGUGAGAGUGAUUCUGAUGAUGAAUAUGAUGAUGAUAAUGAAGAUGCUGGGAAUCAAGUUGUUCCUUUGUCUUCUUCUCCGUCAAUUUCUUCUUCUUCUACCGGCAGUUAUGGAGAUAUAUCUGCCGGAGACGGCGGUGACACGGCGGCUGUUUCUUCUCAGUGGAAAAAGCGAUUAAGGGAAAGUGAUUGUCUCCAUUCUGAGGAUGAAGAGGCUUGCUCCUCAGAUUUGAACUGCAACAAUUUGUUGGAAGAGAAUAAGGGGACAUCUUCUUCAAUAGGAUUCUUAAGACCAAUGAAAUUGCUUAGGACAAAUGAAUUGUCUUAAGAUUUCUACAAAAUAUGGAUUCUCAUUAGCAGGGUUGGAUUGGAGUUAAGAUUUUGAGUUUAUGGUUUUAGAUAAAUUAUUUAAUACGUAUUAAGUUCGAUUUUUUGAUACAAAUAUAGAAUUUGAAUUAAUAUUGUUGAACCCGUAAACAGAAUCUUAGCUUGUCACUAUCCGUUAGAAGUAUGUAAACCAAAUUAGUAGUCUUUUUAUUUGCA